GACAAACUCAACAUUAUUUCCGGUUCCGGUCAUUGUUUUGAUGCCAUUUUGCAUCAAGAUGGACCGAAGUCAGUCUUUACCUGAGUGGAACGAAAGGUUUCAUUCCCCACCUUCACGUUUGGCUCGCCCACCCUAUAGAGGACCCGGACAUCGCGGUGCUUCUCCCCAGGGCUACCACCCUUUCUCGCCCAAUUCUCCGCCGUAUUCCCAUGGUUUUAACCGUGGACACAGGGGAGGUUCGCCAGGAGGAUCGGGCGGGGGGAGACGGAGCUUCGGAGGGUCUCCGGCUAUGUUCGGCAGCGGUGGCCGAAACUUCGGAGAGAAACAACGAAGGGGAAACAGUUUCGGCAGGCCAACAAACUUCAGUCCGUCGGCUUCGAAUGUACAGUGUGAAUCUUCUGACUCGAUUGAGAGAUACUUCAGUCCGUCCAUGUUGGAGGAUCCUUGGGCAACACUGCAGCAAAAGCACACCCAGACGUCCACCACCAACAAUCCAUAAACGGGAUCAAUAUCACGUAGCUGGGAGGUUUCUGGUUAAUGCAAGAAUCAUUCCAUUUGUUUGGGUGCGUGUACAUAAUGCCAGGUGCAAGUUUAUGCACCGUUUGUGGGAUUUUUACACAUUGUUUGGGUCAGGAAAAGGGCAACAUUUGGAGGUUGCUUGCCAUUCUUGAUGUGUUAAAAGUGUGGAGUUUGACUUGAUAUUUGUACAUGAAAUGCAUAAAAUGCAUAUAUUUUGUCUUCUUUUAACCUGUAAACUUAAUUCAGGAAGUAGUUUGUCUUCCUCAUGCAAAAAAAGCUGUUUGGUUGGAUUUUUGUACACCUAUGUGUUCUAAGCGCACAUAAUGAAUAUGUUUUUACACUGUAUUUGAUUUUUUUUUUUUUUAAACCAAAACUAUGUAUUUGAAGUGUACAAAGUUCUUAUUAAAUUGAUGCUGAACAAAAAA